CAAACCAACUCCAAAGCUCUCAACUCAAACUCUCACCGCAUAGCAGAGACUGAACUGAGCUCCAGCGCCGCCAAUGUCAGCCGCCGCCACCACCGCCGAGAGGAUCGAAACCUACGAGGACUUCGUGAAAGUCCACGGUCUUCUACUCACGGCGUCGGGAUUGCCGCAGUCUCUGCACCGGAAACUCUUCGCCAAGCUCUCCUCCGAGACCUUCGAUGGCGGCUCCUUCUUCCAAAUCGUGCCCUGCGAUGACGGCCCUCAGAGGAGCCUCGUCCUUACCUCGGAAUCCAUGCCUAAACACUCAGACGUCUUCCUCGUUGACCACGCUUGGACUUUCCGCCUCUCCGACGCUUACAACCAGUUGCGAGAAGUUCCUGGAUUGGCGGAGAGAAUGGCUUCCAUUAUGUGCGUCGACGGCGAUUCGAAUUCGGAUUCCGAAGAGAAUGGAGUUAACGGAAAUGACGCGAGGAAGACGGUUUUCGAGGUCGUGGAAAGCGAAAUCGUUGUUGCGAAAGAGAAAGGAGAAGAUAAUUUGAAGUGGUUGGAGCUUGAGGAGCUCGAGAUUGACGACGAUGCGUUGCUUUCAUUGGAUUUAGCCAAUAAAUUUCCGGGUCUACUUGCUCUCAGCCUUUGCGGAAAUAAGCUCGAGAACGCAGAUGUAGUUGUUCAAGAAGUUACUAAAUUCAAAGACUUAAGAGCUCUCUGGCUGAACAAUAAUCCAGUUGUGGAAAAAUGUGGGGUGCAAUUGGCUGAUAAAGUUUUGCAAGGCUUGCCAAAUUUGGAAAUUUAUAAUUCAAAGUUUACUUCUAAUUAUGGUGAGUGGGCAUUGGGGUUCUGUGGAGAAGUAUAUGACAAGGAAAAUCCAGGAAGCGGCAAACUUCAAGAUGAUCCUUCAUUGCAGAGAAUCACUUCUCUUGACCUUUCCAAUAGAUGCAUUCACAAUUUAAUCGACAAGGCCUUUUCACUUCUUCGCUUACCUUCUCUUUCGUACUUGAAUAUUCGAGGGAACCCAUUGGAGCAAAAUUCAAUAGGUGACUUGUUUCAGAUUCUUGGUGGAUUUCCUGGCUUGCAUUCUCUAGAGGUGGAUAUUCCUGGUCCUCUUGGAGAAAGUGCUGUGGAAAUCCUUGAAUCUCUUCCUAAUCUUUCAGUACUGAAUGGUGUCGUGGCAUCUAAAAUAUUAGAACAUGGAAAACAUGUGAUCGAUUCAAAGCUACAACCGCGUCUUCCUGAAUGGACCGCAGAUGAGUCUCUUGCUGAUCGUGUUCUAAAUGCAAUGUGGCCAUAUUUAAUGACGUACAGACUUGCAGAUGAAGAAAAGAUUGAUGAGACCUCUGUUUGGUAUGUGAUGGAUGAACUAGGUUCAGCUUUGCGUCACAGUGACGAGCCAAACUUUAGAGUGGCUCCCUUUCUCUUCAUGCCGGAAGGAAAGCUGGCAUCAGCCGUGAGUUUCUCAAUAUUGUGGCCAAUCCAAAAUGUCCAGAAAGGUGAUGAGUGCACACGUGACUUUCUCUUUGGUAUUGGAGAGGACAAACAACGAUCUGCCAGGCUUACGGCUUGGUUCCAUACGCCAGAGAAUUAUUUUAUUCAAAGGUAUGAGAAACAUUGGAAUAAUUUACAGUCAAGAAAGUUGACUUUACCACCUAUACAACCAUAUCCACCUAGAAGUCCGCUUCGUAAUGAUGGUUGCCCUUUACGUCUUUAUACCGACAUACCUCAUGUGGAGGAAUUUCUGACACGUCCCGAGUUUGUAAUCACAACUGAUCCAAACCGUGCAGAUAUCAUAUGGACUAGUGUGCAGGUGGAUGAGGAUAUGAAGAAGGCCACUGGAAUAACAGAUAACCAAUUCGUAAACCAAUUUCCUUUUGAAGCUUGUAUUGUGAUGAAACAUCAUCUGGCGGAGACUAUUCAGAAGGCACACGGUUCUCCUGAAUGGCUGCAGCCUACGUAUAAUCUUGAAACUAACCUAUCUGAAUUUAUUGGGGAUUAUUAUGUACGUAAAAGAGAUGGACGUGACCAUCUGUGGAUAUUGAAACCUUGGAACAUGGCACGAACCAUAGACACAACUGUCACUGAUAAUUUAACUGCUAUUAUCCGACUCAUGGAGACUGGACCAAAGAUAUGUCAGAAGUAUAUUGAGCACCCUGCUUUGUUCAACGGAAAGAAAUUUGAUCUCCGUUAUAUAGUACUAGUUCGCAGUAUGAAGCCUUUGGAGCUAUUCCUUUCAGACGUUUUCUGGGCCAGAUUGGCAAACAACUCGUAUUCUCUGGAGAAGCACAGUUUCUUCGAGUAUGAGACCCACUUCACUGUCAUGAACUACCGAGGAAGAUUCAAUCACAAGAACACACCAGAAUUUGUCAAGGAAUUUGAACUGGAGCAUCAAGUCAAGUGGCUGGAUAUUCGUGAAAGAGUAAGAACAAUGAUCCGUUCAGUGUUUGAGGCGGCUGCUAUAGCACAUCCAGAAAUGCAUAGUCCAACAUCUAGAGCCAUGUAUGGCGUCGAUGUCAUGCUUGAUAGCUCUUUCAACCCGAAGUUAUUGGAGGUUACUUACUGUCCCGAUUGUGCAAGAGCAUGCAAGUAUGACACAGAGGCUAUAGUUGGAGGAGUAGUCAAAGGUCGCGACUUCUUUAACGACAUCUUUGGUUGUCUCUUUUUGAACGAAACCACCCACGUUAGUCCGCUGUAGUUGAGGUAUAGAAGGAUGUUCUUUGUAAUGGUAAUGUAACAUGCAAAAUUUUGUUUAAUGUAUUGUCUGAUUUUGUC